GGGAUCUGCCGUUAGAGCCGCCGUGGUUGCCCAAGGGGCUGAGUCAGGGCUGGGCGCUGGCCACGUCGGGAAGGGCGGUGGCCACGGUGUGAGGCUCAUUUACCGCCCCGGCUCCGGCUGCACCACAUCACACCAAGGAAACGAGCCCCUCUCCGAGCCCCCCAACCAUGCCCACGGAGACCGAGCGCUGCAUCGAGUCCCUCUUGGCCGUUUUCCAGCGCUACGCGGGACGGGAAGGGGACAACACCACCCUCUCCAAAAGGGAGUUCCUGGCCUUCAUGAACACCGAGCUGGCGGCUUUCACAAAGAACCAGAAGGACCCGGCGGUGCUGGACAGGAUGAUGAAGAAACUGGAUUUGAACAGCGACGGGCAGUUGGACUUCCCCGAGUUCCUCAACCUCAUCGGGGGCAUCGCCGUGGCCUGUCACGACACCCUGGUGGUUAAGCCCCCUGUGCCCUAGGCUGCUGGAUCUCCUCCACCUUCACCACUGUGAACGUUCCUCCAAGAUGACACACCAAAGCUGGAAGCGGUGUUGUCCCCACUCCUCGUUUUUAUGUAUAAAAUAAAAGGUUUCAAACCCUGG